AUGGCCGUGUCUUUCAUAGUAAUCGGGUUCCUGCUUUCUUUAGGUGAGUCCAAAGGGCCGCUUUGUUUCUUCUGUCACGCCGUUGAAAAUCCUGAUGAUUGCGAGACGGUUGUAGCCUGCAGCCAGCACGAGUCCUGCUACACUGAAAGAUACAUCAGCGAGGAAAAUCACGAGUUUUUCCGACUUGGAUGCAAAGCAAAUCCGAUCUGUAAACUGCUCCACGAUUUCCAAGCGUCUCAUGGGACCACAGGAACAAACUGUCUCUCCUGCUGUGAUUCCAAAUACUGCAACCAGAACCUCUGCCGAAACACCACCCUGGACAGAAUCCAGUGUUACACUUGUGAAAAUGUCCUCACUCCUCACGAGUGCGAAGCCGUUACCACAUGCGAUUAUGACGAGGUUUGUGCCACGGAGGAAAUUAUCUCUGAUCAGUUUGAGAUCAGGUACAAUGUGAAAUGUAAACAAAAGCAGGCCUGUGCUCUGUUGGGAGAACCCAGCCAGGUACGCCCCGUUGGAAAGCGUCAGGAUGAACUGUGUGACCAAUGCUGUACGACGCCAUUCUGUAACCGAGAGCUUUGUGGAGCCACACAAGACUCUCGCCACUCCCCGCCUCACAAAAUGGACAGCCUGUGCUUGGUGUGCGGCGACAAGGCUUCGGGCAAACAUUACGGUGUACAGAGCUGUGACGGGUGCCGCGGGUUCUUUAAGAGAAGCAUUCGCCGAAACCUGGACUAUGUAUGUAAAGAGAAUGGACAGUGCGUGGUGGACGUCGCCCGGAGGAAUCAGUGUCAGGCGUGUCGCUUCAAGAAGUGCCUGGAGGUCAAAAUGAACAGAGACGCCGUUCAGCACGAGCGUGCCCCCAGAUGCUACCAGUACAAGCGUGAGAGUCCAGUCAGCCCGAUCGAGAACAAGUCACCGCCCUCCAUCCCACCCUACCACCCCAUCACAGAAUUCAUAGACAGAUCUCGAAUGGAGUUUGGUCAGUUUCCGGUUCAUCAGUUUGGUUCACCUGUUGGCAUUACCCCGGAUUUCGGAUUCCAUCAUGGAGCUCAUCUACUCCACCCGAUGCCGGUUCACUUGGCCGAUCACCGACGGUCUCUCAUUCUCCCUCACAGCCCCGAAAACGAGCUCCGUCAGGAGGUGACUACCCGGUCACCGAGAGAGGACCGUAAGGACAAAACUCGAUCGCCAUCUUCCGACGAUGGUGCUCCGUCUCCGAAAAGAGAGCGGCGCGAUGACAGCGAUAAAGACGACUCCCCAAAGCGGCUGGACAAUUCCUCUUCGUCAUCUGUUGGAUCGAACACGCCCGUAACACCCAGGGGUUACGUUGCAAAGCUAAUCCCUCCAUCCGCUGUCAACAUGUCAGCAGCCUUCCACACUCCAGGACAAAUCCCCACACCACUUGUCGACCAAAGCGCCUUCGUCAGUGCGGCUGCGGAAGGAAUUUACGAAACUGCCGCCAGGCUUUUGUUUAUGUCCAUUAAAUGGGCCCGAAACAUUCCUUCAUUCCUUCAGCUUCCGUUCAGAGACCAAGCCAUUCUGUUAGAGGAGUCUUGGAACGAGUUGUUCAUCCUCAGUGCAGCGCAGUGGUCACUGAAUUUAGAUGCAGCUACUCUUUUAGCAGCCAAUGGAAUGACUGCAGAUGGCCACCACACCGAAAAAUCCUCUGUCAUUGCUGGACACAUCCGGGCUCUUCAAGAUGUAAUCUCGCGAUUCAACGCCCUCCGCGUAGACGCUACAGAAUUUGCUUGUUUAAAGGCUUUGGUUCUGUUCAAAUCAGAAACCCGUGGCCUCCGAGAUUCCAUGCAAGUCGAAUCUCUUCAAGAUCAAGCUCAGCUCAUGCUCAGUGAUUAUACGUGCAGCCAAAGCCCGGGUUCGAAACUGCGGUUUGGCAAAAUGCUUCUUCUACUUCCGGCUCUGCGUACAAUCAGCCCCAGGGCAAUUGAGGAUUUGUUUUUCCGGCGUACCAUCGGGAGCAUCCCCAUAGAGAGACUAUUGUGUGACAUGUUCAAAUCCAGCUAA